UCCCUCUGUCUCUCCUCAUCAGACCUCUGCCUCUCCUAAACUCAGACAUCUCUCAAAAACAGGAGAGGAUCCUUCUUUGACUUUCAGAAUGCCUUUCGGGGGAGGAAACAAGUGUGGCUGCUGCCAGAAAACCGUCUACUUUGCAGAGGAAGUGCAGUGUGAGGGGAAGAGCUGGCAUAAAUCCUGUUUUCUGUGCAUGGUCUGUAAGAAGAACUUAGACAGCACAACAGUGGCCGUCCAUGUGGAUGAAAUCUACUGCAAAUCAUGCUAUGGCAAGAAAUACGGGCCAAAAGGCUACGGGUUCGGAGGCGGAGCCGGCACCCUGAGCAUGGACACAGGAGAGGGACUGGGGAUCAAGCCUGAAGAGUGAGCA